AUGGCACAGGAACUCCAGGAAAUGGGAUUCUCUGGUUUCGGAAGCAAUCCUAAUUACGGUGCAAUAGAUACGAAUGAGAAGCAAGAAGAUUUUAAUGAUCUCAAAAUAAAUCUUGGCCAAAACCAACCUGAAUACGAGUAUAAGAAGACUGAACCACCUGAUCAAGAAGAGCAAAGGAUGACUGUAUCCUCUAACAACAAUGAUGAGCCUGGGGAUCAGCAGCAACAGCUGACCCAGGCACAGAUAGACCAGAGAGCAAACCGAUGUUGUAAUGGUGUUCAUCCAGACUAUUACCAGCGAUAUUUCGAUGUCACCACUCAAGAUGUGCUCCAGAGGAUUACUUUUUCAUUAGUACCUAUGAACAACAAGCUUGAGCAAGCGAUUGGGGAGAAUCCUGACUUCUAUGGACCUUUCUGGAUUUACACAACGCUGAUUUUCCUCCUAGCUUUUGCUGAGAACCUCCACAACUACAUUGCGGUAGGCUACGAGAACUUUGAGUACGAUUUUAAGAACUUCCCACCCUCUCUCACUAUAGUCUAUGGGAUUGGGUUUGGCGCCCCUCUGCUGCUCUGCACAGUUAUGAAAUAUCUCAGUGAUAUUGAGAUGAAGUAUAAAGCAAUCACUUGAAUUUAUGGGUAUUCCUUCACGAGUCUCUGAAUCUGUGUGACUUUAUGUGCUGCACCUGUUGACAUCCUCCAAUGGAUCGCAGUAGUGGCUGCCCUUGCUGUAAACAUUGGCGUUUUGUUCUUUAAUCUUAGUGCAGAGCUGAAUAAGAAUGCCCCAAGGCUAAAAUGGGUCCUUGUUAUUGGCAUCUGAAUUCUCCAGAUUGUCCUCAUGAUGGUCUUCAAGUUGAAAUUCCUGCAUAUGAUCAAGACAAAGUAAUCCCAGGUUUGGGUUUUAUA